CGCCGUUUGUGGCGUCACAAAGGAACGCGUCGUUCGUGGGAUGCAGUAGUGAAAGGUCAUCGGCAUCGACGUGGCAUUACUGCUCGUCGAGAAAAGAGUGACACGUGUUGAGCCUGUGACUCGCUUGUUUUGUGGCUGCGUGAAAUCAGUUGCGAAAUGAGGGACAGUGAAGAGUGAAUCAGUGGUGACUGCUCGGCCGAGGAUUAUUCCAAAUACUCCUGCAGCAGCGGUACAACAGGAACAGCGUUGGAGCGUAAAUGUACGGUGCAUGAAUGCAAGCUGCAGCCCCUUCGGGGCACUUUUUCUCUUGGGCGCCUCAGAGGCAGCAGAGCAACAAUACAGCAUCGAUACAGCGAGGAGCGGUUCUGUGAUGGCGCCACCACUACGAGGACGAAUGCCGCUCGUCAUUGCUGCCACCAUAUGCGCAGCACUCCUUUUUCUAUGCGGCCAUCAAAGCAGUACAUUCGAUGGAUGGAGGGCGACGAAGAGUGGCGUGCCGGUGGACCGCCUGCAACGGAUGCCAGCGCCAUCACAAGAGGCGUUCACUGAAACCAAAGUUUCUGCGAUACCGACUGUGUACGUGGUCACUCCCACGUACCGUCGACCGACCCAGAUGCCAGACCUGGUGCGCGUCGCCCAGGCUCUCAUGCUAGCCACGGGAGUGUUCUGGGUGCUCGUUGAGGACGCCACCCGACCCACGGAAGCGGUGUCCCGUCUACUUCGCGACUGCGGCGUCCCGUACGUCCACCUGCUAGGACCUUGCCCGCCACCGCUUAGAAUGCGGGCCAAGGGUCGGGGCGUGGCGCCUCGCCGGAGGGCGCUCGCCUGGUUGCAGGCGAACGCCACACUGCCUGGCGUUCUGUACUUCGCCGACGACGACAAUUCCUAUGAUCAUCGGCUCUUCGACGAGAUCCGAUGGACACAGACUGUGAGCGUGUUCCCAGUUGGAUGCAUUUACUUAACCGGUGUCAGUAGCCCCGUGGUAGUGGAUGGCAGAGUGGUAGGCUUUCACGACCCGGCCACCAAGGGACGACGCUUUGCCGUCGACAUGGCCGGCUUCGCCGUCAACCUGCGUCUGGUGGUCAACAACACACAUCUCUCCAUGCCCCACAGAGAAGGUCUCCAGGAGACCGAAUUCCUUGAAAGCCUCAACAUAUCGCUUGCAGACUUGGAGCCACUGUGCGAGAACGCCACGAAGGUUCUAGUCUGGCACACGCAGUCAAAGAAAUCUGUUUUUGCGGAUGUACAAAGAAUAAGCAGCGAAUUCUCGCCUCUGAAGACAAAUCUCGAGGCACUGCUGCAUUACAUGAACUCUUAGUGAGUGAAACAGCUUGCGCGUGCGCCUGAAACUGAAUGAUCACAAGUAGAUUUUUUUUCUCUGACGCGCUCAUCUUACUGUGCUGGAUGUAAUCGCGUUCAUUUGUUUCUCCAUCUGGAGAACACUGUAAGGAAGUACGCCGCCAUGCUGCAUAAGUUCAUGAUGGCUUCACUUCACUCAUCAAUACGUCGAAAUGCUAACUGACGAAUUCUUUCUUUAUUAAAGACGAUAGUCUUUCUUUGGCUACCUAAACGCGAAAAACUUUGUCUGUCUGUCACUCGAUUCAACCGCCCGGCCAAAACCGAUUCAACCGCCCGGUCAAAACCAACCAAGCUACUAGCACUGGUGGCACG